AUGUUCCUCCUUGAGAUUCUGAUAUCAGCCGUGUGCCUGUGGUUCACGGGAAAAUGCUUAUACAACCUCUACCUGCACCCGCUGCGUUCUUAUCCGGGGCCAUGGCUUUGUCGUGCUUCUUCCCUUCCGCGCAUCUGGCACCGUAUCGUCGGAACGAACAUCUCGCACGCUCAUCGCGCCCACGAGACUUACGGGCCGGUCGUACGCCUCAGCCCCGCGGAGCUCAGCUACAUCUCUGGUGAUGCUUGGGACGACAUAUACGCCCGGCAAGGCGGACACGCCGCCCUCCCAAAAGAGCCCAUCUUCAACUCCGCGCCCCCCGAUCUUCCCCGUGGCCUCAUACAAGCGAUCGACGGCCCGCAACACGCGCGUCAGCGGCGCAUCUUCGCUCCAGCCUUCUCCAACACGUCGCUCAAGAAACAGGAAUCCCUGAUCCUGGGCCACGUGCAGAAGCUCAUUGCCAACUUACAGCGUGCCUGCGCCAGCCGCAGCGACGGGGAAGCAGAAGCCAACGUGGCUGACCUCUUCAACUUCAUGGCCUUUGACGUCAUGGCCGACCUCGCAUUCGGAAGACCGCUGGGCCUGCUGGAUACCGGCGAGUAUUCGCCUUGGGUGCGCGGCGUUUUCGCCGUCUUUCGCCUGCUGUCCGUGCGCGUCGUCAUCCUGUUCUACCUGCCGCAGCUGACGCAGCUCAUGGUGUGGCUGCUGUCGACGAAGGCCACGGUGGAGAGACGCAACGCGUAUAUCGACUAUGCAGCUGGGCUGGUCGACGAGCGCCUGGACCAAGAAGCCCACACGGAACGACCGGACAUCUGGUCCCUCGUGGAGAAGAAACAAGAUAUCCUGAGCCGUCCGGAAAUGCAUGUCAACGCCGCCGUCUUCAUGGCGGCCGGAACCGAAACAACCGCAACGGCGCUUUGCGGAGCCAUGUGGUAUCUCACGGAGAAUAGGGACAAGAUGGAUAGAGUCACCAGAGAAGUGCGGGACCUGGCGCCAGACGAGCUCAACAUGGAGACGCUGGCAGCGCUGCCUUAUCUAAACGCCGUCAUCGACGAGAGCAUGAGGCUGUAUCCUCCGAUUCCGGACAUGCUGUACAGGCUUGUACCAGAGGGAGGUACGGUGGUUGGCGGUAAACACGUGCCGGCCGGGGCUGUUGUGGGAAUCCAUCAGUGGCCGGCGUACCAUUCGGCUCGCAAUUUUGCACGGCCAGACGAGUUCAUUCCCGAACGGUGGCUACCUGGAGCUACCGAGGGUGAGUUUGCCCACGAUAAUAAGCGGAUCGUUCAGCCAUUCUCUAGCGGUUCGAGAAGCUGCAUCGGCAAGAAUCUCGCACUAUAUGAGAUGCGUUUGGCACUGGCCAGCAUCCUACGCCAGUUCGAUUUCUUCGCCACCGAGGGAAACAGCAACUGGAUGCAGCAGAAAUGUUUCAUUGUGUGGGAUAAACCUCCACUCAUCAUGAAAGUGAAGAGUGUUGUCUAA